AUGCCAAAAAAAAAAGAGCUUGAACCUGAACCUCACAGAACUGUGACACAACCUCCACGACCAAGGAUUCCUGGGGCCUAUGCCGUUGAAGGAUUGGGAACAGGUGAUGAGGUGGAGGAUGCCACUGAAGCCGAAGAAAAUGGUGAUGAUGUUGUUGCACAUCCUGUCAAUGAGGACAAUGAUCUACAAUCAGGAGAGCUACAGAAUGCAGAGCCUCUGAUAUUUUCCAGACGGACCAGAAUCUAUUGGAGACAACGCUUGGUCCUGUUCCUUUCUCUACAAGCUACGGUGGCUCUUGCUGUGAUUGUAGUGAUACUUUUGGUAAUUUUAAUGGUGUCUCUCCCGAGAAACACAGCCAUCAAUCAAUCCGCAAGCCAGCAGGAUGGAGCAUUUCAGAUUUCCACAUCAUCACGGGUAGCAAGUCAAUCGCCUAAGAAAUUUUUGGUUUCAGUCAAUCUCCCUGACAACACAAUGCAAGCCAUGGAACGGCCUCAAUCUCCUCAGUCGAAAGCCUAUCAAUGGCUGACCAAAGACCUCAAUAACCAGAGCUCCAGUCUUCAACAACUACCAGAUUGGAGACUGGUGCAGAGAUUCGCUCUGGCCACAUUCUACUAUUCUACAAGAGGAGACCAUUGGGUGAAGCAUCAUGGCUGGCUGGACUGGGACACAAAUGAAUGCGACUGGGAACUUAUAUUUUUGUGGGGCAAAGUUGACUCACCAGAACUGUACUGUAAUGACAAAGGAGAAAUCAAAGGAUUGGAAUUUGGGCAUACCAAUAAUCUUGAAGGAACACUUUCACCCGAGAUCUCAUUAUUGGGCAACAGCUUGCAAGCACUUGGAUUCCUGCGAGAGUUCCAACUUGAAGGAACGAUCCCAACAGAGAUUGGACUCUUGACAAAACUAACAAGGUUAGAAUUGGGUGCAGCUGCACUUUCUGGCACAGUGCAAACUGAGUUCGGAUGUGUGCAGAGUUUAGAGCAACUCGUGAUGUCGUCUGUCUCUCUGCCUUCAGAGCUUGGAAAAGUGGGCAAUUUAACAAUCUUCAAAGUGGUCAAUACAGACCUAACAGGAUCCCUCCCUGUUGAAGUCUGCCGAAUGCAUCAGCUAACCCAGAUAGUUGUGAUGGGCAGCCCUGGACUAUUCUCUGGCUCUCUUCUUCCGGAGAUCAUUAGGAACAUGCCAAAACUACAAUUAUUAGUACUCGACCAAAGGAAAUCUGGUGAUAAGAUGACAUUGCCUUCUGAAAUUGGGCUGUUAUCAGAGCUAUCUUCCCUGUAUUUGAUUGACAGGAAACUAGAUGGCACUGUUCCAAAACAGCUUGGGCACUUAACAGAUUUGAAGUUUUUGACCCUCAAGGGAAACUCAAUAGCAGGAACUAUGCAUCCUGAACUGUUUGAUUUGACAAAUCUGAUUAGCCUAGAUAUCGAAGCCAAUCAAAUGAAAGGGUCACUUCCCCGUAUGCUCUUUUCCAAGUUGAAAAACUUGCAAUACUUGCGAAUCAAUUAA